AUGGAGACAGUCAAUAAAAAGGAUACCGCCGGUCACUUUCUCGGUGAACAUAAGGUAAACAUGGCUUGGCGCCGGUGCUUAAAAGCGUGCGCGAACUCACGAGUCUGGCUCACUCCAUUUCCUUCGUUUACGAUCUGCUGCUGUUCAUUCGAACUUCUACUGGGCACAAUCUGCUUUGUAGUGAUGUCUGUGGUAGUCUUACUCACACUACUGGCAAUUUUUAAUGGAGGUGAAACAGGUGUUCACGAAAGACCAUGUGCUCGACGUGUUGUUGGAUAUAUCACAUCAUGGGGUACUGUUCCGUUCACAGACGACCAGGCAAAACGACUAACACAUCUUGUGUUUGCCUUUUUCACGAUGGAAUCUGAUGGGCGAAUCUAUCUCGACGGUGACGCUGCUCAGCAACGUCUGGACGCUGUAAUGACCGUGGCUAAACGAAACUCUCACCUAAAGACACUAUUCGCCAUUGGUGGAUGGGAGAACUCACAGUACUUCUCGUUGUUGACAGCUGACCAUCCGCGGCGGACCAUUCUAAUCAACAACAUCAUUGAAGUCAUUAAAAAGUAUGGAUUCGACGGUGUAGAUCUUGAUUGGGAAUACCCAGUUACGGGAGGAUCCGUCGAAGGAACGCCGUCUGACCGAAGGAAUUACGUUCAUCUGAUGAGAGAACUGCGUAACAGACUACGAGAAUUAGAAGAACAAACAGGCAGACAGACAGGAUACUUGAUAUCAUUUGCUGGUGCGGCUGGUCACUGGGUUCUCAAGCCAGGUUACGAUCUCGUCCAACUAGUCAAAUAUGUUGACUUUGUAAACGUUAUGUCUUACGACUAUUUUGGCGCUUGGCAAUCGAAAUGGGGUGCAUUUACCGGACCACCUGCUCCAUUACAUUUUGCGACACCAAAAGGAUUCUCUGGUCGUAUGAACGUGCACGCAACCAUGAAGUACUACGGUUGUCAAAUCAAAGCGACCAAUAAGCUUAACAUGGGGGUUCCGUUCUAUGGAAGAUAUUGGCACAACGUUGGCGACGCUGCUGAUCCUAACGAUGAAAUGUGGCGCACCGCUAAAGCCACUGACGGUUACGCGAAAUUUGAGGGUGGUGACGUCAAAUGGAGAGAACUGCACAAACGUUUCGACGUUUCACGUGCAAAAUUCCAUCAAGGAGCGAAAAGUCCAUUCAUAUGGCUGCAAGAAAAUCAGACUUUCGUGGGCUUUGAGAAUCCAGAAAGUCUCGGAUUUAAAGUCAACUACAUAAUCGAAAACGAUCUCGGUGGUGUCAUGGUUUGGGCGAUCGAUUUUGAUGAUGACCAACUCACGAUGCUAAAGGUUGUCACUGAGGGCGAGCUGUGCAUUCGCAAUGGACAUCCUAUGGGAAUGGCAUACAAAUGUUCGCCAAUCAACGAACAGCGUUGGUGGACUUACGAUGAUGGUGAGGAACUGGCUGGAAUGUGUGGUAAAUCGGCUCCGCUAUACGAUGGUUAUUAUCCAGUAUGUGACCCGGACGACCCUGGACAUGCCUGCUGUGGAAAAUUUGGUUACUGUGGAUCAGGACCAGAGUUUUGCACAUGCCCAGAAUGCAUUGAUUAUGGAACAGAUCCCAUGCUAAUUCUCAAGGAACCUAUUAAGCCAACCCAAGCUAAUAUCACAUGGUACACUUCUGAUGCUGCAGAUGGAAAAAGGGGUCGCUGUGGGCGACAAGCUCCACCCAUUGACGGUGUACCUCCAACUUGUAAUCCUGACGAUGAGAAUGCACACUGUUGCAGCAAUGGUGGUUAUUGUGGAAACAGCAAGGAACACUGCGAAUGUGUCGGCUGUGUGGAUUUCUCCAAAACAAGAGACUUCACCUAUAAACCAUCAGAGUGGUGGACAUAUGUUGAGAAUCCCGCGAAUGUUGGCCGAUGUGGACCUGAUGCUGAACGUCUCCCAUCAGGAAGAAUUCCCAAAUGUGAUCCAACUGGUGCAGCAUAUUGUUGUAGUCGUGCCGGCUAUUGUGGGUCAGGCGCUGAUUAUUGUGAUUGUCUUGGAUGUGUCGAUUUCAAAAAACAUCCAAAUCAUGAAUAUUAA